CUCAGUCUGCGCGGGGCUCGCGCUGGAGCUGGAGCUGAGGAUCAGAGAGACGGAGAAACAGACAGACAGAAAGAGUGACAAACAGACAGACAACGGCGGCGGCGUUGUGCAGUGAGGAGAGACCUGAGAGCGCAGAGGUGGACAGGUGUGGAUCAUGAGUGACAGCACGCGCGUGCGUUGUGUAGAGUUUUGGAACCUGGCCAGGUGAAGAUGCCUCACCUGUGCACUCUGCUGCAGUGUGCCUUACCUGUGCUCGUGCUCACCUGGAAUGGCCUGAGCGCUCAGGUGCAUCACCUGCGGCUGCAGGUGCAGGAGGGUCUCCCAGCCUCCACGGUGGUGGGGGACCUGAGGGCCGCCCUGCCCUCGGGGUCAGGGGUCAGCGGCUUCUUCAUCUCCGAGAGCAGAGACUCGGAGGUGUUCCGGGACCUGGAGAUCGACUCGGACUCUGGGAUCAUCUCCACGGCUGCCUCGCUGGACCGGGAGCGCAGGGACAGGUAUGAGUUUGCCGCCGCCACGCUGACCGGAGAGGUCAUCAGGGUCACAGUGGUGGUGAAGGACGUAAAUGACCACUGGCCUACUUUCCCCGCGGAGGCCGUAGAGCUGAACGUGUCCGAGUCGAGUCUUCCCGGCUCGCGGUUCGAGCUGCCCGGAGCUCUGGAUCUGGACGAGGGUCAGUUUGGGACUCAAGGUUACAGACUGCUGACAGGUAGAGCAGAGGAGCUGUUUAAGGUGGAGCUCCGCACUGGUGGAGGAAGCACCAUCCUCAACUUUGACCUGGUUCUCAUGGAGAAGCUGGACCGAGAAGGUCAAGAUCUCUACAGCCUGACCGUUGAGGCCUUUGAUGGAGGUGUUCCACCAAAAACAGGUCAUCUGCAGGUGCACGUCAAUGUUCUGGAUGAAAACGACAACCCUCCUGUUUUCAACCAGAGCGAGUACCAGGCGGUGUUGUGGGAAAACGCACCACUGUUGACCCCUGUGUGCCAGGUGUUCGCUGUGGACCCCGAUCUAGGGAACAACGGCCUGGUCACCUAUGAGAUCAACCGGCGUCAGAGCGACCCAAACGAGUUCUUCAUUGUCGACAAGAACACGGGAGUCAUCCUCCUCAACAAGCCUUUAGACUAUGAAACCCAGACCUUCUUCGAGCUUGUCGUGACGGCGAAGGACCACGGGGUCCAACCUGAGUCCAGCAACACUUUCGUGGGCAUCAAGGUUCUGGAUGUUAAUGACAACAGCCCCAAUAUUAACCUGCUGUUUCUGAGUGAAAGCGGAGAUCCAGAGGUAUCGGAAGGUGCUGCUUACGGGGAAUACGUGGCCAGAAUCGCCAUUUCUGAUCCAGACCUGGGAGAGAUUAAAAAGGUCAGUGUGUUUCUGGAAGGUGGAGAUCAGAAGUUCACCCUGAAGGCGACGGAUGAGUUCCUGUACGCGCUGUGUGUGGACGGCCCACUGGACCGGGAGCAGAAGGACCUGUACGAGCUCACCGUGGUCGCCUCGGAUUUUGGAUCCCCCCCUUUGAGGAGUGAAAGGACGUUUCUGCUGCAGGUGACGGACGUGAACGAUAACCCCCCCAGCUUUGAGCAGAAAGUGUAUGAAGUCAGCGUUCCCGAGGACCUGCCGGCUGGAGGCUCCGUCCUGCAGGUGAAGGCCCUCGACAGGGACCAGGACUCCGGCAUCUUCUACUCCAUCCUGCGCUCCACUCAGGACCACCUGCUGAACAUCCACCCUCAGAGCGGCAUCAUCAGCACGGCUGCAGGCCUGGACCGGGAGAGGGAGGCUGACCUGGCCUUCCUGGUGGUUGCUGUGGAUGGAGGGUUUCCUCCGUUAACCUCCACAGCCACGGUGAACAUCCACGUGGAGGACAUCAACGACAACAAGCCUGUGUUCACCCAGCAGCUCUACAACACCACCAUCCAGGAGCACCUGCCCAACGCAACCUGCUUUCUACAGGUCAGUGCUGAGGAUGCUGAUGGAGGAGAGUAUGGAAUGGUGCACUAUUCGUUUUCUGAUGGCUACAACGGUGAAGACUCACAUCCUCUCUUCCACAUUAACCCGGUAACUGGGGACAUCUGUGUAUCUCAGGAUAUUGACCGAGAUGAGGGCCUGCUCACCUUCGACCUUCUGGUGAAAGCAGAAGAUCAGGGAGGUCUGUGGUCUCAGGCGUAUCUUCAUAUCGAUGUGGAGGAUGUAAAUGAUAACGCUCCGGUGUUUAAUCCAGAGAAAUACGUCACUAGUGUGAGCAGUUACACUCAACCCGGAGCCGAGAUACUCAGCGUCAUCGCCACCGACCGAGACUCUGGACACUACGGACAAAUCACAUACGAGCUUUUACCUGGAGACUCCUCCUCCCUGUUCUCAGUCCACCAAUCCACAGGUACAGUCUCGUUGUCCUCUCCUCUCUCUGCUCUGGGUAUCGGCAGCUUCAGGCUCGGCGUUUCUGCGCAGGACAGCUCAGGUGUUGCUGCUGUUCGACCUGCUGACAUCAUCAUUAACGUCCUGCACACAGACUACGCCCCCGCGCUCUUCCACCAAUCACAUUACACCUUCUCUAUCCCAGAGGACACGCCCCCGGGCACAGCUGUUGGGGCAGUGCAGGCCAUCAAACCACUCAAUUCAGUGGAGGCUCUUUCGUACCGUAUCUCUUCUGGAGACCCCCUGUGUUUGUUCUCAGUGGACCCCCGGUCGGGAGUUAUCUCCACCAGCCUGACUCUGGACCACGAGUCCACGGCCUACACCCUGCUGACCCUGCAGGCCCUCACCGGCUCCCUGCCCGUCUACAGCACCACCCAGGUCAACAUCACCAUCACCGACACCAACGACAACCCGCCUGUGUUCCCCAAGACCUCCGACUACAUCACCAUAUCCCAUAAUACUCCACCCGGCACCAUCCUCUUCCUGGCUCACGCUCACGAUGCGGACAGCGGCGAGAACGGGCGUAUCCAUUAUUCUUUACGCCCUCAGAGCGAAGUCUUCUCAAUCCACCCUCAGCUGGGAAUGCUAACUCUCAACGGCUACAUCUCCAGAGAUGCUAAUCGCAGGUACAGGCUGAGCGUGGUGGCUGAAGACGAGGGAAGUCCAUCGCUUAGCUCUUCACUCAAUCUGGUGGUGGAGCUGGAUUCCUCCAACCCUGCAGAGGAAACCUUAGCGUUUGAGACGUUAAUCUACCAGGUGGAGAUCGGAGAAGGAGCUCAGAGAGACACUCGAGUGAUUCAGGUCCGAGCUCACGCCAGCAAGACCCGGCGAGGGUCGGAUUUAACCCCGGUUCUCAAAUAUUCACUGGAGCCCCUUUCCAAACCCCCGCCGUUCCUGCUCCACCCUGACACCGGCUGGCUGUUUGUGGCUCAGAGUCUGGAUUACGAGUCAGAACCUUCCUACAGGUUCACCGUCCGCGCAGAGGCUCAGAGCGCCGCUGCUAAUCUCACCGCUACGGCCACGGUGGUGGUGACGGUUCAGGACGAGAACGAUAACGCUCCUGUCUUCAGCAGGGACAGGUUUUUCUUCAGAGUUCCAGAAGGACCUUCUCCUCACGGGCUGAUUGGUGCGGUGAAAGCUACGGACAGAGACUCCAGAAAAAACGGACAGCUGUCCUACAUCCUUCUGUCUGACGGGAAACACUUCAGAAUCAACUCCAAAACAGGAGAGAUCAUUAACUGGGUGGCUCUGGAUCGUGAGGAACAUUCUCACCACACUCUGAGAGUUCUGGUGACUGAUAACGGUCAUCCUCGUCUCAAUGCCUCUACGACCGUACACAUCCUGGUCUCUGACAUCAACGAUAACCCACCUGAGUUCACUCACCUGCCCGCCAACAAGCAGCUCAACGUUCAGGUGUGGUCUGGACUUCCAGAAGGAUCAGUUGUAACCAGUAUGUUUGCGAAGGACCGAGAUGCAGGAGAGAACGCCACCGUCACGUUCUCUCUCAUUUCAGGAAAUGGUCAUUUUGAUAUAGACGGUGAGAGUGGAGAUAUCAGGGUCACUGCUGGAUUCCUGUUUAACCCCUACACUAACUACACUCUCACUGUGGUGGCCAGGGACAGCGGCCCCGUUCCUCUGGAGCAGACUGCACUCGUCCACAUCCAGGUGCAUGCUUCACCAAAGCAGAACGAUGUUCUGGGUCUCAGGCAGUUUACAGUGAAGGAGAACACCCAGCUGGGAACCGUAAUUGGUUCUUUCCAGGUUUCUGGAUCCUCCAGCACUCAGGUGCGGUACUCCGUUGCCGAGGGCGACGGGAGUUUGCACUUCGGUAUUGACUCGUGCAGCGGUGCUCUGUACGUAGCGCAGCCUCUGGAUUAUGAAGCUACGCAGCGCUACUUCCUAAUCGUGCGAGCCGAGGCCCUGCCGGCGGUGAACGCCACUGUGCCCGUGUCUGUUAGCGUCGAGGACGUCAAUGAUCACUCCCCUUGGUUCCCAGGCAAGGACAGCAUCGUGGUGAUUGGUGUCGAGGAGGAUGUUGCCGUGGGAACGGUGGUGUACACCUUUAACGCACGGGAUGGGGACGGUAGUGUUCGUAACAGUGCGAUUCAUUAUUCCAUGACCUUCGACCCGGACUCUUCUGUAGAGGAGGAGCCACCCUUCCGCAUUGACCCCGACUCUGGAUCUGUCUCAACCACAGCGGAGCUGAAUCGAGAGCGUCUGCAGAGUUUCUCCUUCACCGUCACCGCCGGAGACCGGGCGGAGAACACCGACGCCCAGCGGUUCACCUCCAUAACCGCCCAGGUGUUCCUGCUGGAUGUAAACGACAACACACCUGUCUUUGUUUCCACGGAAACACUUCAGGUAGCAGAGAACGUCCAGGUGGGAAGCCUCAUCUUUCACCUGCUGGCUACGGACGAAGAUGAGGGAGAAAACGGUCAUGUGACUUACAGCCUGAUUGGUGGAAACAAAGGUGGACACUUCCGCUUGGAGAGAACAGGUUACCUGUACCUGAAUUCUUCUCUGAACUACGAAUCCCAGCAUGCCUUUAGUCUCACAGUGCAGGCCUCAGACUGUGGGCUUCCGUCUCUCUCCAGCACUCAGACUCUCAGCGUGGAGGUGCUGGACGUGAACGACGAGGUGCCGGUGUUCCAGCGCCGCGUUUACCUCGCCAACGUCUCCGAGAACCGAGAGCCGGGAGAACCUGUGGUCAGAGUGACCGCUGUCGACCUGGACUCAGAAGAGAAUGGGAUGGUGAGUUACAGCCUGUUACCCGGUUCUGGGUACGAGUUCUUCACCAUCGACUCUCACACUGGCCUGAUCAGCACCUCCACCCAGCUGGACCGAGAGAUUCAUCAGAGCUUCACGCUCAGAGUUCAGGCAGAAGACAGCGGGGCCACGCCUCUCUCCAGCACUGCCACCGUUCUCUGCUCUGUACUGGAUGAAAAUGAUAACGCUCCUGAAUUCUCCCAGCCCUCCUUUUACAUCACAAUACCGGAGAACCUCCACCCAGGAGCCAUUCACACCACCCAGGCCUCCGACCCCGACCGCGGAGUCAACCGAACCCUGCGGUACUUUAUACAGAAUCCAGACGGCCGUUUCUCCGUUGAUCCGGUGAGCGGAGUCGUCAGCACUCUGAAAGCUCUGGACAGAGAAGAACGCUGUAACUACACUCUGAUCCUCACCGCCAGCGAUCAGGGUCCAUCUCCUCUAACCUCCACCACCCUGCUCUCCAUCUCUCUCUCCGACCAAAACGACAACAGCCCCGCCUUCAGCCGUAAGAGCUACCGGGCCUCGGUCAGCGAGGGGCUGCCCGUCGGCUCCCAGAUCCUCCAGCUCAUCGCCAGCGACCCCGACGAGGGUCCGAACGGAGACGUCACCUUCUCGCUGGCCGAGGACACGUUUGGAACGUUCUCCGUGGAUCCUGAGACGGGUGUGGUUCUCCUGACCAAACCUCUGGACAGAGAGACGCGCUCUCAGCACACGUUCCGCGCCAUUGCUACAGACAACUGCAGCCAGGGGCCACGGAGCUCCGUCACCAUCGUCACUGUACAGGUGGAGGACCUCAACGACAACCCACCUGCCUGCUUCAAAGAACCCACCCAGAUUAUAAUCAACACCAGAGGUAAUGCAUAUCCAGGCCAGCCAAUCACCACAGUGACAGCAUAUGAUCCAGACUACCGGGAAAACGGAACAGUGGUGUUCGGUCUGGAGGAGGAAGAUGAGCUGUUUCAGGUGGACAGGUUAUCUGGAGAGGUUCGGCUGAAGACCACGCUGUCCGGGGGAGCAUCAGGAACCAGGAUGCUGUCGGUGUUGGCUUCAGAUCAGGGAACACCUGCCCUCACCUCCACCUGUCUGCUGCUGGUCCAGCUGAAUGGAGAACAGCCCCUCCUGCAGUUCACUGAGACGGUCUAUGAAAUGAGUUUACCUGAGAACAGCAAGACAGGCUCCUGGGUGGGGAACGUUGUGGCUCAUGAUCAGACUGCACAGAGAAGCUCAGUCAGAUACAGCAUCUUCAGUGGCAACGAGAACGGAGCGUUCAGCAUCAACCCCAGCACAGGUGAUAUAACUGUGAGAGACCCGGCUCUGCUGGAUUUUGAGGUGGAGCGCAGGAUUCACCUGGUGCUUCUGGUGGAGAACGGCCGUCAGUCGGCCUACGCCAGAGCGAGCGUCUCCCUGCAGGACCUGAACGAUAACGCUCCUGUAUUUAAACAGAGCCUCUACAGAACUGCAGUGUGGGAGGGGCAGAUCCACAACACCUACAUCAUGCAGGUGAUGGCGAUGGAUUAUGACAGUGGGCUGAACGGGCAGAUAGAAUACUCCAUUGUUGAGGGGAAUCACAACAACGCCUUCAUUAUCGACUCGGUUCGCGGGAUUUUGGCCACUAAUGCCGUCCUCGACCGAGAGAUCACCUCCUCUUACCGGUUGGUUCUUGAGGCAAAGGACUCGGGAAGCCCCCCCCUCACUGGGUCCUGCACUGUUCGGGUUCAGGUUGUGGACGUUAACGACAACAGCCCAGCAAUACCAGCAGUGGAGCCCCUAGUGGUGGCAGAAAAUCUUCCAGCUGGUCACAUGGUCACUCAAAUCAUGGCCAACGAUGUGGACCUCAACUCAGCCAUCAUCUACAGCCUAGCAGGACAUGGAGAAGAAGACGGGAGCUUCGCCAUCGACCGUUACUCCGGGGUCAUCACCACAACCAGGACUCUGGAUUACGAGGAGCAGGUUCUCCACACCCUGAGGAUCAGAGCUUCAGACUCCAUCCAUCAGACAGAGGCGGAGCUCACCGUCCAAGUUCUGGAUGUGAACGAUAACGCCCCCAUCUUCUCUCUGGAGUUCUACCAGGUGUCGUUAUCUGAGCUGACGUCUGCAGAUUCAUUUGUUGUAGCCGUUUCAGCUACAGACAGAGACUCUGGACUGAACGGGAAGAUCUCCUACAGGCUGCUUUCUUCACUAAUGAAAGGCUUCUACGUUGAUGCUGAAAAUGGUUCUAUAUAUACCAGCAAACCUCUGAAGUACGUCACCAGUGAUCACCACGUGAUCAGACUUCUGGUGGAAGCUCGGGAUAGUGGAGACCCCUCGCUCUCUAGUAUUACGUCUGUGGACGUACUGGUGGAGGACUGCAAUGAUCAUGCGCCGUUCUUCCAGAACAACUCGUACCAGGUGAGCGUUGGUGAAGACACACCUGCUGGGAGCUUACUCCUUACCCUGCAGGCUGAGGACCAGGAUUACUCAGACCAAAACACCCAUCUGGAUUACACCAUCACCGCGGGAAACGAGCAGAGGCGAUUCUGCGUUGAGGUCGUCAGUGUGCCAUCAGAGACCCUGCAAAGGACUGUGGGUUAUUUGAUUCUCUGUGCUGGUUUGGACCGAGAGAUCACAGAGGUGUACUCGUUAACCGUUACGGUGACGGACAGAGGAGUUCCUCCGCUCAACAGCUCAGCUACAGUAUCGGUCUUUGUACUCGAUGUCAACGACCACGAGCCUGUUUUCAACAGCUCAGAAUACCAUGCACAAGCCAGUGAGAACAGUCUGGUUGGCACCAUCCUGGUCCUGGUCUCUGCUCAAGAUCUUGAUCUUGGGGCGAACGGCACUGUACAAUACAAUAUAAUCUCUGGGAACAGCAAGGGUCUGUUCAGGCUGGACCCUCAAACAGGUUCUCUGGAGGUCAGUGACACUCUGGAUUAUGAAGAAGAUACGAAACAUAUUUUAACAGUCCAAGCUUCAGAUGGAGGCGUUCCAGGCGACAGGAAGGUAUCCUUUGCAGUCAUCUUCAUCACAGUGCUCGAUGAGAAUGAUAAUUCUCCUUUCUUCAUGUUCUCAACCAUCAACUGCUCGGUUGCAGAAAACCUACCUGCGUUUACCCCAGUGUGCAUGGUCCACGCUGUCGAUCAGGACGCAGGAACGUUUGGCCUGUUGACUUAUUCAAUCCUAACCUCUUGUUUCAUGGACUACGGCAGUGGAAACCCGGACAGAAAGGAAGCUUUUGCAAUUGACCCUCUCACUGGAGACAUUCAUACAAGGCAAACCUUUGACUAUGAACGAGACAGUGAAUACUGUUUUCUCGUAGAAGCUCGGGAUAAAGGAGAUCAGACGGCUACGGUGAAGGUUCAGGUCGAUAUUGAAGGCAUGGAUGAGUUCAGUCCUGUCUUCACUCAAAAGGUCUACCAGUUUGCUUUGCCAGACAAUGCCAGAAUUGGUGAAAGUGUUGGACAUGUGAUGGCCAUGGAUCAUGAUGGGGGUCUGGACGGGAUUGUACAGUAUUCUUUAGUCAAUCUGUCUCCCUUUUUCAACAUCAACAAAACUACUGGCAGCGUUUAUAUCUCAAACCCUGUCUACCGAAGAAAAGGCUCUGCUUUAAAUGAAGAAGUUGAAGACUUGUCGAUUCUGGCCAGCAGUCCAAAGCUUGAUUCCAGAUCAACAGCCUGUCGUGUCAUUGUCAACAUUUCCAACUCUGCUGAGGCACUAACUGGUACGUCUCUCAGUGUGCAGACGGUCAGCCUUAGUGUCUCCUUAACGGUAUUCCUUCUGCUUUUGAUAAGUUUUGUUGCUCUAGUGUUGAGGUACAAGACCAAGGAGAACGCUCUGAAGAAAGCAGCUUCAUUAGCUGCAAAUCUAAACCACGGCACAGGAAACUUUGGGCGAUUGGGCAGCUAUCCUCAAAACGGCAUAAGCGCUAUAAAUCUUCAAGAUCUGCACGCCCCUUUGGACAUGCGAGCGAAGAGGGACAUUUCUAACCCCUUGAGAAGCUCCGGCUCAAGCGGUCGAGGCUCAGCAGAAGGUGAGACUGCCGAGGACCAGGAGAUUAAGAUGAUUAACGAGUACCAGCGCAUGAAGCAACCUGCCGCAGUGAUGCUUGAGCCAGACACUGGAAUCCCUAUCGAUUCAGAUCAGCUUUCCUGCCACUCUGUUGAUGCACAUGUAGUCGCUGGGGCUAAUCUGGGUGCAGGCCAUAUGGUGGAAAUGGCCAGUGCUGAGAGCCUUCAUACCUUCAAGGAAGAAGGCGGGGGUGAAGGGAUGCUACCUCGCGUGGUCAACAUGAGGGAGAUGGAGGAGAUUAUGAGAUGCUGCAUGCCUUUGCCAGACCACCAGGAUUCCAUCGAAGGCUCCCUCACCAAUCUGAUCUGCCCAGAGGAGCAGUUGCGUGGAAGCUACAGCUGGGACCACCUCCUCAAUUGGGAACCUCGAUUUCAACCGUUGGCAUCUGUCUUUACUGACAUUGGCAUGCUUCCUGACGAGGAAGCCGGCGAUAAACCAGCAGGGCCUGCAGAGUUCCACAGCCUCCUGCGCCCGCCUCCGCUCAUCACAGGGGUGGCACAGCCAGGCAUUCGCGCCGUACCUCCUCGGAUGCCUCAGAGAAUAGUAUCCCUGGGAAGAAAGCCCUCCUACCCCAAGUAUGCUUACUCACCUUUAGCAAGAAACACGGGACUAACGCCUUCAGUCAUGACCCCCAGCUUCUCCCCUUCCCUUUCCCUCCUGACUCUGAGGACUCCUAAUGCCUCGCCUGUGGUUUCAGAGACCGGCGUGGGCAGUUUCCCCAAGGUGGCGCCGCUGCCUGGAGAUAUCUCUGUGGAAGCAGAGAUAAGGGUGUAGCUGGUGCUCUGAUUGCUGUCUAACUCUGUAAUGAAUGUGUUAUGAAUCUAACCACUUCCAAACUCAGAACGUUUAUUCAGUUUAUACACUUUACUAUAAGGGUUACAAUUAAUAGAACUUAACGGUUGAAAUAAACAUUGCAAAAAAAUGGUAUGGCAAAAAAGUAUUUGUAGACGUUAUUAAACAUUACCAAAAUGGGUAACACUUUACAUUAAGUGUUGACUAACUAAUAUGAUGUAAUUACCAUGAAUAAGACAUGAGGUAAUACACUAACAUUGCUUGGAUAAUGUUAUUAGACAUGGAAAAGCAGCAUUAAUCAAUGUUACUUUUACAUUACAAGUGAAUCAUUUGUUUAGAUGAACAAUAAAUAAUUUACUUUAUUAUCAUAUACUUUACUAAUGUAGGGUAAACAAGUAACAACUGCAUUAGCCCAACUUCUUGUCAUUUGCUUGUGUACUGCAGUUAUGCAUACAGUAAUCGUUAAAUAUUUAUAUUAAGUAAAUAUUAGUCUGGAUGGUGCUUAUGCUUCAUUUCAUCAUGAUGUAUUUCCAAUAGAAGUAAAAGUGUAAAAUAUAUAUUAUCAUAUUAGUUAACUGACAUCAGUAAAUAAAACAAGUGACUGCAUAACCACUGCAUAAGUGUUAUCACAACCAAAUAUAUUUAUAACUAAUAUUUAAUGAAUACAUAUUUAACAAUGACUGCAUGCAUAGCUGCAGCAUAUAAGCAAAUAACAAGAAGAGCAGUUGUUACUUGUUUACCAAACAGUAAUUAACUUAAUUAUUAAUGAAGUGUAUGAUUUAUUGUUCAUCUUAACAAAUGCUUUAGUUCUAACGUUAGUUAAUGUGAAAGUAACAUUAAUUAAUGCUGUAGUUCUGUGUUUAAUUUAC